AAUUCAGUACAAGUCAGGAAUUAGGAAGCAAUUGGUGGAAGAAGGAUACAGGAUAUGGGGCAAUGUGGGAGACCAAUGGAGUGACCUCCAAGGAGACUACAAGGGCAAUAGGGCCUUUAAGCUUCCAAAUCCUAUGUAUUUUGUGCCCUAAUUUCCAUUUUCUCUUUCUCUUUUCUGGAAUGCCUUUGGGUGGUUUCCAAUAAUGACUUUGUAAUUGCAAUCUUUCAUCACCAAUCAUAUGAAGGCAUGUUAAGGUUGAAAAAAUGGUUCAUUUUCUAUUACGAAUGUCCAAUUGUGUCAUUUUCUUGAGAAAAUAUCACUUAUUUUCAUUGUCUUUGUAUGCUUAAGAUUGAAAAAAAUUCUAAUUGCAUUACCUAUAAGAGAAAAUUUUCGAAUUUUCAUAUGUAUUAUAUCAUCUUGAAUUCAAUUCGAAAACUUUCUAAGUCUAGAAGAGUUUGGUAACUAUUUUUUAUAAUUAUUUUUUAAUAUUUUAUCAAAUAAAUAUUUAUUUGAAAAUUUGAAAUGUUUUAAAUCCGUAUAUAUAUAUAUAAAAUAAAAUUUAUAAACCAACAUUCCUCAAAGAGGGAAAAUCAUUGGGGAAGUUGAGGAACUGUGGAAGAAAAACCCUAAGUCGAGAAAUUGAGAAGAAAACCUUGAAGAGAAGAUCAAGAUGAACGAUGCAGAUGUCUCCAGGCAGAUACAGCAGAUGGUCAGAUUCAUUCUGCAGGAGGCCGAAGAGAAAGCUAACGAAAUCUCUGUUUCUGCUGAAGAGGAAUUCAACAUUGAGAAAUUGCAACUAGUUGAAGCUGAAAAGAAGAAGAUUAGACAAGAAUAUGAGCGGAAGGCAAAGCAGGUGGAAAUUCGAAGGAAAAUUGAGUACUCGAUGCAGCUGAAUGCAUCCCGCAUCAAGGUUCUUCAAGCGCAAGAUGAUCUGGUGAACUCCAUGAAAGAAGCCACUGGCAAGGAACUUUUGCGUGUUUCUGAUGACACAAAUGGAUACAAAAUGCUUCUUAAAGGUUUGAUUGUUCAGAGUUUACUACGACUGAAGGAGCCAGCAGUGUUGCUGCGCUGCAGAGAGAUUGACCUUGGGCCAGUUGAGUCUGUUUUGGGGGAAGCAAAACAAGAGUAUGCUGACAAAGCCAAAGUUCAUGUCCCCAAAGUUACCAUUGACAACCUUGUAUACCUCCCACCACCUCCCAGUAGUGUUGAUUCCCACAGCCUCUUCUGCUCAGGAGGAGUGGUUUUGGCUUCACAGGACGGGAAGAUAGUCUGUGAGAACACUCUGGAUGCACGAUUGGAUGUUGUAUUCCGACAGAAACUGCCUGAGAUCAGAAAGCUUCUUUUUGGACAAGUUGUUGCUUGAUCAUCUUGGAUCCCCAGUCUACCGGCUUAGAAUCGGAGAUUAUCCAAUGUUUUGAGAAAUAAUGUCAACACUUUCUUAAUUUCAUACUCCUGAGAUAAGUGACACAUGAUAUUCCGGUUUCGUGUAAUAAACUGGUUAUGAUAAUCAAAUGGAUUUUAGUGUCUUAACUCAAAA